CUAGAUGACAUUCCGAGUAAAACCGUGACAAAGGUGGGUUAUAAUCAAAGAUCAGUGUGAUGUAAACAACUCGGAAAAGAAGCUAGUACUAGAUAAUUUAUCAAUUUUCCGUACGAUUUGAAUGAUAGUAAAAGAUAGUGUUCUCCGAAACAGUCUUUGUUCAUUUAUACUGAAUCAGUAUUCGAUAGUGGUGUAUUUUUUAUACAUAUAUACGUACAAGGCCCGGUAAUUGAACUUGAACUGAUUGUGAGAACAAAGAACGGUCAGUUUCAGUUUAUUGUAUCGCACAGAAGUGCUCUGGCAAAUAUGAAAGCACUGCUGACGGAUGUUUAAUGGCAGUUGUGUGUUUAUUUAUCAUAUCCAAAGACAGCUGACAAUGUAUUAGACUUGUGUAGCAGAGCCUGAUAUUGGCAACAACAUCCUGCACAUUUCCCUGACGCAAUCGCAGAAUGCUGCAUAUUCAUUCAAGUUCCAAAGCGCGAAGGAACACGAUGUGCUACCGCAGCAUUUGCUCCGUUCUCAUUUUUGCUACUCUGUUAGCCGCUCCUAAUUAUGCGGCCAAAAAGUACAGAGCUGUUGUACUCAUUCAUGGAGUCCUCACUGGAAGUGAAAGCAUGGAGUUGAUAAGCAAACGAAUACAAGAGAUGCACCCUGGCACUCAGAUAUUUAAUACCGUAAGGUACGCUGGAUGGAGUAGCCUGGAGCCUAUGUGGCGUCAAGUGGAAGAGAUCGGAGGUGAUAUCAUUGCAAUUGGCGCCGCGUUCCCCGAAGGAAUAAAUCUGCUCGGAUACAGUCAGGGCGGUCUCUUGGCCAGGGCCAUCCUGCAGAAAUUUCCGGACCACAAUGUCAGAAAUUUCAUUUCGUUAAGCUCUCCGCAAGCUGGGCAGUUUGGAACACGAUUUCUGCACCUGUUCUUCCCAGAUUUGGUAUGCGAAACUGCCUACGAACUCUUCUAUUCAAAAGUAGGACAGCGGACUAGUGUUGGCAACUAUUGGAACGACCCUCAUCAUCAGGGAUUGUACUAUAACUACAGCAGAUUUUUGCCGUACGUGAACAAUGAAAAAACCACUUCAUUGACUGACGAUUUCAAAGUUGGCAUCACAAAGUUACGCAAGAUGAUUUUAAUCGGGGGACCUAAUGAUGGGGUUAUCACUCCUUGGCAGAGCAGCCAGUUCGGAUAUUAUAAUGCCAAUGAAACCGUGGUUGAAAUGAGAGAUAGGGAUAUUUACGUAAAGGAUAUGAUAGGAUUAAAGACUCUCGAUAAACACGGGAAGUUGAAGACACACGUAGUGCCCGGAAUUUCGCACUUUGAAUGGCAUAAAAACACGUCCAUUGUAGAUGAUUAUAUAUUACCGUACCUUGAUUAAACUCGUUGAAAUAAUAGCUCAAUUAGAAAUUUAAUGGAAUACUUUCGAUUAAAAAAUGUUAUUAUGUAAGGAAAUACUCUUUCAACGUGAACAGGGUUAAAUAGAUUUAUCUAGAAAUAUCGAAGGACGUGGAAACUGGUACGUAAAUAAAAAUCUAUUUUUUUAGUAAUGAACGGGUAUCAAUAACUCUCAUAGUUUUUAACGAAUUGCCGUAAUAUCUAAUAUCAGCAUAAUCACGUGGUUCCGAGUGUUUGCGGAAUAGCCUGUGUUCACAAUUCAAUAUGGUGGCUAUUCGCAUGGGUUGGAUUGCAGAAUGUCUUUUAUCGCAUUUUUGUAGUAGUUUUUUUAAACGACGUACUGCGAGGUUUCAGAGUUUUUAUUGAUAUAGGCAUGUGUCCUGUAAUACAUGAUCAACUGAAUUUAGAAUCUUGAAACACUCACUAGCAUUGUACAUAAUGCUGCUGUUAUAAAAGUGUAAAGUAACAAUCUCACACGUGAGUUUAGCGAAUGUAUGAAAUGUAUCCAAAUUAUACAAUUCUGAUAUUGUUGAGGCUUAUAAGAGUUCAUACACAGUUGCUCAUUGUUAUGAAUUAUAACAUCAAACAUUUAUGUACAAUAAUUAUAGCGUAAUUAUUAAGUAUAACACCAAAAUAUGUAAACAAAUAAUUGUUUAUUCUCAUAUAAGUGAAUCGAUCGAAUAAAAAUACGAAAAAUGAAUACAACAUGUGAACCAAGCACUGUUUUGUCACGAAAACAGAAAAAAAACCGUAAAAAUUAUCAAAUGUUAAUUUUCCAUGUUUAGGAGUUACUUGAUUGUAAAACCAUAAUCCACUUACUCUUAUCGUAAUUUUCUUAGACGUAACAGACCGCUUGGCGUCUACCGAGUGCCAAAAACAAUCGUUGAGCUAAAACGAUAUUCCAAGUGUUCCAACGGCAGCCAUAUUGGUUUUAUUACAAUCCUCAAUUCAAAGGUAAAAUCUCAUCAUCAAACAUAUCGGGAGUCUCUGGUGAAACUGCCGACUCCGAGCCACGCGGUCACCACCAGCACUAACACAUGUAAAAGUCUUCGUUCGCAGCAUUUGUCCGCUACGCUCGGUUCACGUAAAAGUUGUGCGUGUGUUGACGCUGGCGGUGACCGCGUGGCUCGGAGUCGGCACUUUCACCAGAAACCCUCGAUAUACAGAUUAUACAGAAUGAAUUGCUAACAAUUGCAUAGACCCUCGUCUGCGAACAUCUAAUGUGUAUGCCCUACAAUCUGGGAGCAGUUGUUUGCCAGGGCGGCAUAAUCGUCAUAAAUUUAAACAGUUCCACACGGUGUGCGUAACCUCAAAAAUUUGAACGUCUGUUGGUGACAGUAGUGGCAGCUACAGCCCGAUAAAUUCAACGUUAAUCGAAGUUUAAACCAAGUUCAGCCUAUUUCUAAACUAUGCGGAAAAAAUUAAACACCGUUUAAACCGUGUCGGAGGAAACGGGCGUAUCUUCAACUCAAAAUUGUUAAAAUUUUUGAGGUUACGUACAUCGCGGACGGUUGGUUGCCCUGGCAAACAACUGCUCUCGAAUUUUAACGCGUGCAGGUUGCAGACGAGGGUCCAUCCAUGCAGUCGUUAAUAAUUCAGUCUGUAUACGAAUAACAACAAAAACACAUAUUAACAUACACUAAUAGAGAUUAAUGAUAAACAUAACAUGAACGUGACCGCACCUAUCUUCAAUCUGACCUUUCACUUGGCAAGCUAUGAAAGUGAGCAAGAGAGAGAGCGAAAUCUAUCUUUGUGCUCAGGUCAUAUGAUACGAGAACAGCAGCACAAUGUCGUUCUCUCAGGUUUUGUAAUGAAAAAUAUUAUUAUGCUGAUUCAGUAGGUGGAAUAAUAAAAUUUCAUUAAAUCAAACAAGUACAGAAGAAUCUGAAUAAAAAUUUCAAGAUUCCCAUUUAAUGCCUGUGUUGAAUACCACUCAAAUGUACGAAUGUAGAAAAAUAUACACCAAAGAACUAUCGAAAUCAAAAAAUUUCAUUUCAGUCACAUCGUAACGAUACGUAGCAAUCUCUGUACAAAUAUCACAGGUAAAAUAUCCCUAUUUGCGUUGAAUGACCUAUCACAAUCUAAGUAAGAGAAAACGCAAAAGAAUCUUUACUGAAUGCAUCGAAAUAGUUAACGAAUUCUUAGACUGCAUUGAAGUCUCGAGCAACCUCAACAUGUACAAGUACGAAUACGACAUUGUCACUCAGUCAAUUCCAGUCAACAUUGAAUUAGGCACGCAGUUAAAAAAAAGUGUUAAUUCUAACGCCAUCUUCCAGGAAUUCCUAAACGAAAAUAAAGUCUGGUCAAUCUUUACCGAUGGCAGCGAAACGACAAUGUACUCGUAGGCGCUGCCUGCUCCUGCCCGAUGAAAACGUAGAAAUACAAAAAAGUUUGAUUAAACAUGCCUUAGCUUACACCGCCGAAUGCCCUGCCCUAAACUAAGCAAUGGAUAUACCACUCUCUUGCACAGAUGAUAACGCUUUCAGUUCCUGUGAUUCCCUCAGUGCUCUUAAAAGUAUUGCAAGUUCCAAACCUUCUACUUCAACACACCCUCUAAUGUUCAAAAUCAAGUAUAAAUACAACUUAUUUGUUUCUCAAAACGCCCACAAAACGUUAAAUUUUUUUGGAUUCCUUCUCACAACGGAAGCGAAGGAAAUUAAAACGUUGACACACUAGCUAAAACUGCAACAAACAAAACACUUGUAAAUUUCUCACAAAUUUCCCACACCUACCUCUUUGAA